AUGAUCCGGCAAACGGUUUACUUGCUCAUCUCGUUGCUGGUCUUCAGCCAGCUGGAAGCCACACCCAUUGUGAGCGAAGGCAACGAACUGGUGCGAAAAGCGCGACACUUGGGAGGCGGCAUUGUUGGCGGUGGCAUCGUUGGAGGCGGCAUUGUGGGCGGCGGUGGCAUUGGCGGUGGAUACGUUGCAGCUCCGGCCAUACAAACUGUGCCCGUGGUUUCCACGGUGCCCGUCAUCACCACAGUGCCCGUGGUGUCCACCAUUUCAACAGUGCAAACGAUCCCCAGCUACGGCUAUGGUGGCUAUGGAGGAGGCUAUGGUGGAGGCUAUGGAGGUGGCUAUGGAGGAGGCUAUGGCAGAGGCUUCGGCGGUGGCAUCGGCGGUGGUAGCUUUGUUGGCGGUGGUGUUGGAUUUGCCAAGAUAAAAGGUUUUGGCAUCGGCGGCUUUCUGGGUUGA